UCUUUCAUGUAAUAUAUAUUUUUGUCUUGCACAACAUGGCCCAUGAUGAAAUACAGAUCACACUCUCCGACGAUGAGAUUGAGAAAUUUAAGUUAUUGGACAAAGUCGAUGAAGCUCCAUUUCCCUCAAACAAGCCAUUAAUUCAGAUGGUUCCGCAAAUCUUGCGCUCGUGCUACGGUAAGGAGGAUUGCGAACGAUAUUUCAAACCAACUUCUGUUGUGAUCGGUCCCCUUAACCAAGAAAGAAAGACUGACAAAGAUUCGAGAAUCAAAAGAGUCCUUGAUGUGGACGAUACGUUGGAGGAUUUCAGCGUUGAUAAUGAUCUAGUCAGCAUUGAGAAGAAUGAUUUUUUCUUGCUUGAGAACCAACUGCCCUACCAACUUCUUGAGAUAUUGAUAGACUCCUUCGCUGAAGCCUCAGCGAUGGAAAAGGGAGGUGCCAUCACAGACAUUGAUUUCAAUGACCAUUGUUGCAUGCCAACCCUUACGCUGGCUCCCAUUUUUUUGCACAAUACCACCAUUCCAUUGUUGCUGAAUUUGAUGGCAUAUGAGCUGUGUCCGGAUUUCAAAGAAGGUUGCAAGAUUACCUCGCACUUGUCAUUCCUCGACUAUGUAAUUGAUAAUGGGGAGCAUGUGAAGGAACUGAGAGAUGCAGGCGUGCUGCACAACGGAUUAGGAACCGAUGAAGCUGUAGCGGAGCUGUUCAACAAGAUCAACGGCAUCCUGGUGCCAAAUCUUAAGAUAGACUCAGAAUUGAGACGUGAUAUCCAUGAAUACUGCAACAGCAACAAAUCACAUUUUCAUUUUGUUUUUGUGUAUGGAAAUUUGCCUUCUGAAAGUCAGUUGGCUGAUUGGGAUUUUGCUGUUUCUCAGCAUUCAGCGGUGCCACAAGGGAUAUUGGAUAUAAUACAGUCAAUGCCUCAUGGCACACGCCCAAUGGGUGUUCUUGUCAGUGAAAUGAGUGCUCUCCCCAUCUUUCAACCGGAUGCAAAUCCUGCUCUCAAGCUUUGUGUUUUCCGAGGCCACCUCUUUCAAGCGCCUACUAUUGCUGCCACAGCUUAUCUAAGGAUGGCUGGAAGGCCUCCAGUUGUCCCUUCCAGUAAUCUUUGUUAUGCAGAAAACUUCCUAUACUUGCUUGAUUCAGUAGUGCUGGACAUUCUUUUCAUAUUACAUGCAGAACAUGAAAUGAACUGUCCAACAGCUGCUGCUAGGCAUCUUGUGUCAAGUGGAGUUGAUGUAUACACAGCUCUUGCUGGAGCAGUUGGAGCACUCUAUGGUCCUCUUCAUGGUGGAGCAAAUGAGGCUGUUCUUAAGAUGCUAAGUGAGAUUGGAACAGUAGAAAACGUUCCUGAGUUUAUUGAGGGUGUAAAGAACAGUUUCGGACACCGUGUACACAAAAACUAUGAUCCGACAGCAAAAGUGAUAAAGAAAUUAGCGGAGGAAGUAUUUUCCAUUGUUGGUCGGGAUCCCCUUAUUGAGGUUGCUGUUGCUUUGGAGAAGGCUGCAUUAUCUGAUGAGUACUUUAAUUAAGAGGAAGCUCUAUCCAAAUGUUGAUUUCUAUUCAGGAUUAAUCAAUCGGUAAUGAUAUCAUUAACUUUCCAAUGUUUAUACUGUGUAAAGCUGGAUGAAUGCAUCCAAUAUAGUUAGUUUUUCUUA